AUGACACCAAGGAAAAUUAGCAACACAGCAAUUCCCUCAAUGGAGAUGCGAUAUAAGGGUGUGAGGAAGCUUCCAUGUGGGGGCUAUGCAGCUGAGAUGAAAGAUUCCAGCCAGAGAAGAUUUGUCUGGCUGGGAACCUUUGAUACCGCUGAAGAAGCUGCUAGGGCUUAUGAUACGGCAGCCAGGCGGUAUCUCGACCCCAGAACCAUAAUUAAUUUUCCUCCGUUAACUGAUAAGGAUGGCCUCGAAAGAACCAGAAAUUAUCUCCACAAGCUUAAUCGUAAGGAUGUCAUUAUGAAUUAUUCUAACAACGCUAUCGGAUCGUCUUCUAGAUCAGGCGGAGGUGCAGUGAGGUUUCCGAUGCCAAAUCAUGAUUUUCGUCGUUUCACAACUAUCACCGGAGCUUCUGUUGUGAUGUCGAUGGUGCGAGAUAACAACUUAUUAGAGGCUUUGAUGAAAGAAGGAGUGAUACUUCCGGACCCGGAGAUCAUGGGGGUCGGCGGCGCUAACGAUGGCAACAAUACUCAGCCUCUCAAUCUUGAACUCACCCUUGCACCGCCAGGGAGCAUGUAA